AUGGAUGGUCUUUCACUCAAUGCUUCCAUCUUUGAAGAUGAAACUGAGGAAUUCGAUAUUGAUGGAGAGUGUGCGAUGACAGAAUACGCUGGUCAUUCUGGUGUUCUUGAAGGCGAAAAUCCUGUUCACCCAAAUAUUGGAAUGGAGUUCGAGACAUAUGAGGAUGUGUACUACUUUUACAACUGUUAUGCUAAAGCGUAUGGCUUCGGGGUAAGAGUGAGUAAUACAUGGUAUAGGAAGAGUAGGGAAAGGUAUAGAGGAAAACUAAGCUGCAGCAAUGCAGGAUUUAAAAAGAAAAGUGAAGCAAAUCGGCCCAGACCUGAGACAAGAACUGGCUGUCCAGCUAUGAUCAAGUUCAGAUUGACGGAGAACAAAAGGUGGAGAAUAAUUGAAGUUGAACUUGAACACAACCACCUCAUUCAUCCGUCAACUGAAAAGUUCUAUAAAUCUCACAGAAACAACAGCUCUGGGAGAAAAAGGCCCUUACAGAUGACUGGUAAUCAAGAAAAUCAUAAAAUUAGGUUAUUCAGAACUGUCAUUAUUGAUCCAGAUGAUGAUGGUGAAUUCAGGAACAUGAUUGACCAGUCCAACAAUCAUUUGAUUCUUAAACCUGGAGAUGCUCAAGCAAUUCUCAGUUUCUUCACUGAUCUACAGUUGGUAAACCCUGAUUUCUUUUAUGUAAUGGACCUAAAUGAGAAAGGAUGUCCGCGGAAUGUGUUCUGGGCGGAAGCAAGAUGUAAGGCCACAUAUGGUUAUUUUGGUGACGUGGUUAAAAUUGCCACUGCUUGUUUGAUCUCAAAAUAUGAGGUUCCACUUGUGGUAUUUGCUGGAGUUAACCACCAUGGACAAUCUGUGCCACUAGGCUGUGGUUUGGUUGCAGGAGAGACUGUAGAGUCAUUUAUAUGGUUGUUGAGGGCAUGGCUGACAUACAUGAUUGGCCGCCCUCCACAGACUGUCAUUAUUGACCAAUCUAGUGCUAUGCAAACUGCUAUUGCUGAUGUUCUCCCGCGGGCAUCUCAUUGCAUUUCGCUGUCGCAUAUCAUGAAGAAAGUUCUGGAGGAAUUGGGUGGGUUACACGCAUAA